CUUCAGUCUACCAGUAAUGACUGAGUACGAGCACAUCUAGGGCGGCUUCUGGUGCCUGUUCGCAGUGCAACGGAACUUAUUUGGGACGUACAAACUAGAUUGCUUAGUGGGCGGAGGCUUUUCAGCUAGCCAACCAGGGUGCGGUCCGGGGAGGUUUUUCUGGCCAACCGAGAACGAGCGCGACGGGGGGGGGGGGAAGAGAGAGGAAGCCUUUUUUUUUCCUUUUGGAGGACCGGGGUGAGAACCGGCACGCCGCGCGGCUGUGACCAAUGAGACUGGAGGGUGGAAGAGAUCAUGAAGUUGAACAUAGAUGGAUUGCUUGUUUAUUUUCCAUAUGAUUACAUCUACCCUGAACAGUAUUCGUACAUGCUGGAGCUGAAGAGGACAUUAGAUGCCAAGGGCCAUGGCGUGCUGGAAAUGCCCUCGGGCACUGGGAAAACCAUCUCCCUCCUGUCUCUCAUUGUGGCCUACCAGCGUGCUUACCCCCUGGAGGUGACCAAGUUCAUUUACUGCUCCCGAACUGUGCCAGAGAUUGAAAAGGUCAUUGAGGAACUGCGCAAACUUCUGGAUUUCCACGAGAAGCAAACAGGAGAGAAGCUGCCCUUCCUGGGAUUGGCCCUCAGUUCCAGGAAGAACCUCUGCGUCCACCCUGAGGUAAGCACCCUGCGCUUUGGGAAGGAGGUGGAUGGGAGAUGCUUCAGCUUGACCGCUUCGUACAUACGGGCACAGCACCAGCAGGACCGCAGUGUUCCCUCCUGCCAUUUCUUUGAGGAAUUUGAUGCCCACGGCCGCCAGGUGCCCCUUCGAUAUGGUGUUUACAACCUAGAUGACUUGAAGGCCUACGGGCGACAAAAGGGCUGGUGCCCCUACUUCCUUGCCCGAUAUUCGAUCCUUCACGCCAAUAUUGUGGUGUACAGUUACCACUAUCUCCUGGACCCCAAGAUCGCUGACCUGGUCUCCAAGGAGCUGGCCAAGAAAUCUGUUGUUGUCUUCGAUGAGGCUCACAAUAUCGACAACGUCUGCAUUGACUCCAUGGGUGUCAACAUCACACGCAAGAUGCUGGACCGCUGCCAAGGGAACGUGGCCACUCUGCAAGCCAGCAUCCAGAAGAUCAAGGAAACGGAUGCUCAGAAACUGAAGGAGGAAUAUCGGCGCCUGGUGGAGGGACUGCGGGAAGCCAAUGUCGCCCGGGAAACAGAUGUCUACUUGGCCAAUCCGGUGCUGCCAGAAGAGAUUCUCCAAGAGUCUGUGCCAGGCAACAUCCGGACAGCAGAACACUUUGUGGGCUUCCUGAAACGCUUUCUGGAGUACCUGAAGUCCCGCCUACGGGUCCAUCACGUGGUCCAGGAGAGCCCUCCGUCAUUCUUGAAGGACGUCUUCGAGAAAGUCUGCAUUGAACGUAAACCCCUCCGAUUCUGUGCUGAGCGGCUACGCUCUCUUCUCCGCACUCUGGAAAUUGCCGACAUCUCUGACUUCUCCCCCAUCACGUUGAUCUCCAAUUUCGCCACGUUGGUCAGCACUUACUCCAAAGGUUUUACGAUUAUUAUAGAACCCUUUGAUGACAGAACUCCCACCAUCACCAAUCCCAUCCUGCACUUCAGCUGCAUGGAUGCUUCCAUCGCCAUCAAGCCCGUCUUUGAGCGGUUUCAGUCGGUCAUCAUCACCUCAGGAACCCUUUCUCCGCUGGAUAUCUACCCAAAGAUCCUGGACUUCCGGCCGGUUACUAUGGCAACUUUCACCAUGACCCUUGCCAGGACCUGUCUGUGUCCGAUAAUUGUGGGGCGAGGGAACGACCAGGUGGCCAUCAGCUCCAAGUUCGAGACUCGCGAAGACAUUGCUGUUAUCCGCAACUAUGGCAAUCUGCUGCUGGAGAUGUCUGCCAUCGUCCCGGAUGGCAUUGUGGCCUUUUUCACCAGCUAUCAGUACAUGGAGAACAUUGUUGCCUCGUGGUACGAGCAGGGGAUCUUGGAGAACAUCCAGCGCAACAAACUCAUCUUCAUUGAGACACAGGAUGGAGCUGAGACGAGCAUGGCCCUUGAGAAAUACCAGGAGAGAAUGGGCUGUGGAUGCCAUGUAAUGGAAUUGGCCAGAUUUUGCAGUGAGGGCCCGUGUCUUGGUUGGCAGGCCUGCGAGAACGGCCGGGGAGCCAUCUUGCUGUCGGUGGCCAGGGGUAAGGUCUCUGAAGGAAUCGACUUUGUUCACCACUACGGAAGAGCCGUGAUCAUGUUUGGGGUCCCUUACGUCUACACCCAGAGCCGUAUCCUGAAGGCUCGGCUGGAAUAUCUGAGGGACCAGUUCCAGAUCCGCGAGAAUGACUUCCUGACCUUUGACGCCAUGCGGCACGCUGCUCAGUGCGUGGGGCGGGCAAUCCGCGGCAAGACAGACUACGGCCUCAUGGUCUUUGCUGACAAGCAGCGCUUUGCCCGGGCCGACAAGCGGGGCAAGCUCCCUCGCUGGAUCCAGGAGCACAUCACAGACGCCAACCUCAACUUGACGGUGGAUGAGGCUGUCCAGGUGGCCAAAUACUUCCUGCGCCAGAUGGCUCAGCCGUUCCGCAAGGAAGACCAGCUGGGCCUGUCACUACUCACCUUUGAACAGCUGCAGUCCGAAGAAACGCUGCGCAAGGUCCAGGAGAUUGCACACCAAGUGUGAGGCGAGAGGGAACGAGGAGGGCAGAGCACAGCCGAGGGUGGGCCAGGAGAGUCUGCCCUGCUGCUGCCGCCUCAGCCUGGCCCACCGGCUGACCGGAAAAUGGAGGUGGCGCACCAACAGAGACUCUAGCUAAGUGUCAUUUGUCAAUUCCAGAUUUUGGACUCUGAUUUUAAUAAAAGUGUUUGUUUAAAA